AAAUGGUGGCGGUAAUGCACCAUAUCGUUGUUUGCUAACGUCCAAUCAAAUCCACCAGAACUAAGAAACACGAAGAAGAAGUUUCUACGUCGCCGAGCCGGCAUCACCACCACCACCAGCUGAUCUGAAACGACCCACGACCAAACACAUUUUUCAGGCAAGCAAAGAGCACCAGGGCCGCUCCGGUACUUCCAACCUGCACAGAAUGGGAAAUCUACUGCGCUCCAUCGGUGUCUUUAAGAGUGACGCAACCAUGUCUGAUCGAGUCAUUGGAGGAAGGUUCAUAACCAGGAGGAUCAGCAAGGGCAUAACUUAUUAUCAUGCUCCAUUCUCAGAGGCAGGGGAACAGACAUGUGCUGAAAAGGUCUCUCAAUCUUCCACUGCUCUUUGCCAAAUUGUAUCCCCGUCACCCCCAGCUCUGCCCCUCAGUGACUCCGCCUAUGCAGAUCAUUCCUUCUCUCCACUGCUCUCAGAUUCCCCUUCACACCCACUUGCCCCCUCCCAACACCAAUCACAUUCUGCACCCGCUGCCCGGCCUCUUCUUAUUUUCUUCUCCUGGCUCGGUGCCCAGACAGGGGCAGUGGCCAAGUACAGAGACCUUUACCUGGACCGUGGGAUUGAUGUCCUGCUGGUGCAGAGCAAUGUAAUGCACUUCCUGUGGCCUCGAUGGGGGCUCGACUACGGGUUGGAUGUUUUGAAUGUUCUGGAGGAUCCUCAGUUCUCUGGGAGGGCGGUGCUGGUCCAUGCCUCCUCCAUCGGUGGCUACACGUUCACCCAGACACUCACUCACAUUGCUCAAGGACAGAACAAACAUGCAGACGUGGCCAAGAGGGUGAUCGGGCACAUUUACGACAGCUUGGUGUGUGGCACUCUGGAGCACAUGGCGAUAGGCCUUGGCAAGACUCUGGCGCCACGUUUAGAGACCUUUGUCAAACACAUCGCCAUGUUUUACUUCUGGCUCUUCAAAACCCACACAGCAGACUUCUACAAUAAAGGAGUCCAGGUUUUCCAAAACAACCCAAUUACUGCACCAGCCCUUUUCUUCUACAGUGAAAACGACGCCCUGUGUAACCUGUCUGACUUGGAGACUAUAAUUGACCACUGGAAGAGGAGGGGCCUGACUGUGGAGUGGAGGAAGUGGAAGGAGUCGAAACAUGCAGCCCACAUGCAAUGCCACCGAGAAGACUACAUCUGUACGCUGGAUAAAUUCUUGAACUUGCUGCCUAUUUCAUCCUUCCAAGCAAAUAUGUAAACUGCCGGGGGUAGUUAUGGUUAAGUUUGGCAGAUUUUCUUUUGAACUAUAGGGCAUAAUGUUUUCAAAGACAAUACACUUUGAUUAUUUGAUCUCACAGCUGUAGCAUGAUUAACGGUGUAAUUCAAUACAUAGAUUUUGUGUCUCAACUGUUUGGCUCUGUUGUUGUGAUAUAUGCACUAUGUAAUUAUUGACCAUGUAAACCGCUUUCAUGUGAUGCUUGAUUUGCACAUGAAAUGUUCUUUAAUGAAUUGUUGUUGCACUUUAAUAUCAGGGAUCAGGGUUUUGCACAUUAUGUGAAAUAACAUGAAAUAAAGUUCAUAUGUGAA